AUGUCUUCUCGGGAUGCGGCGCGGGUGUUUGCUGUGCACUUGGCUCCGGUUCACGCCCCUUUCCGGAAGAUGCAACAGGGAAGGAGCAUCUUGCACCUUGACCUGUCUAGACGGGGAGCGAAGUUUGGGGUUUUUUGUCCCCGUUUCCAAGGGCGAGGGUUGCUCUUUGACCCCCACCACCAGCGGUGGUGGCUCUCAGGGCGUAGGCCAGGGGAGAAAAUUCAAUGAAGUUAUAGAAAAAAAAAAAUCAGUAUUUAAUCUGAUGCUUACCAACCUUUGAAAUUUGGGUGGGAAAGUAUCGUAGAGGAGUAUGAAGAUGAAAUAUUCUCACUUAUCGCCCAAGAGGCAGACUAUCUAGCUGACAAGCUGUGCAGUGAAAAAUCAGUGGUAUAUGCAAGUGUAUUUGCCAAGGUGGGAGAAAGAGGGGAAAGGCUGCUUCACAGAAGGUGGAGAACAGGAAGAGGAGCCAGGCCAAGGAGCCCAGUGGAUCUGGAGAACAACUGA